AUGAAAACAGUAGAAAUAAAUAUACUAGAUAUAUUAUUUGCCUCCGUACAGUCUUGCUUACAAGUUAUUCUUUUAUGUAUAACUGGAUAUAUAUGUGCAAAAUAUGAUGUCAUAACUUCAAAAUCCGAAAAGGGAUUUUCUAAAUUGAUAAUAAAAGUUUUGAUGCCAUGUCUAUUAUUUUCAAAUAUUGGAUUUCAAAUUAAUGGCGAGAAAUUAAUCGAGCUUUGGCCAAUAAUUUUUUUCUUUGUGGUAUUUUUCUUGAUCAGUGCGUCACUCGGUUUAUUUGGUGGCAGCAUAUUGAGACUUAGUAAGCCUAAAACAAAAUUUAUAAUGACUGGAAUAAUUUUCAAUAAUGUGACAAGUCUCUCGUUGGGGUUAUUACGCGGCAUGGAGAAAACUAGUAUUAUGGAAAUUUUAUCAUGGGGUGAAGAUGAUUUGCCAUCAGAAGCGAUUAAGCGUGGUACUACUUACAUUUUGAUAUCUACUUUAUUUGGGGCGUAUUUACUUAAAAGAGAUGAAAAUGAAGACGAAGAAUUAAUCAUUCCAAUUUUAGAAAAUAAUAACAACGAUAGUAAAAAUACUGCCAUAAUAAUACCAUCAUCAUCACUGGAGAAUGUGACAGUAGUUGAUGAAAGAACACCAUUGAUUUAUAAUGAUAGCUCGGAAAGGCCAUCAUUAAAAAAUAUAGUUCCUAGAAUAAUAUCGCAGGACUCAAUAAUACGAAUAAUUUUAAAUAAAAUCAACGAAAUCAUGAACCCACCUUUAUAUGCGGCUUUAAUCGCACUAUUAGUUGGAAUAACACCACCAAUUAAAGCUUUAUUUUUUGGUGAUGAUGCGCCAUUUUAUCUAACAAUAACACAUACAAUGGAAUAUUUGGGUUCAAUGGCAAUACCAUUGACGCUAAUUACACUCGGUGCACAGUUGAGAAAUUUACCGCGUACAAGAGGACAAGAAAUGAUGCCAGCAAUUAAUUACGUGAUGGUCUGUAGAUUUUUGGUGAUGCCAAUAAUCGGUAUAAUUACAAUCUUGUUAACAAGAUCAUGGUAUAUUAGCGAUCCAAUGUUUUGGUUUGUCUUGAUAUUAUUGGCUUGUGGACCGCCGGCUGUUAAUUGUAUGAAUUUGACGCAAUUAACUGGCACAUUCCAGGAAGAAAUGGCUACUUUAUUAUUUUAUUCAUAUAUAGCUGUAGUACCUAUGAUCACUAUGUUAUUGAUGGUCAUUCUAACUAUUAUAAGCAAAGUUGCUUCAGAAUAA